CAUGACACUUGGUGAAUGUAAGACAGCAUGCAGGCAAAAUUGCUCGUGUAACGCGUAUGCGAAUAUUGAUAUUCGAAUGAAUGGAAGCGGAUGCUUGCUGUGGUUCGAUGAUCUAAUGGAUAUCCGAACAGUUGAUGAAAGCCAGGACCUUUACGUGAGAAUGGCUGUCUCCGACUUGACAAUUCCAUCAAUCCCGGAAUUAACCUCGAGACCUCGUUCCAAAAAAAAGAGGCAAACAACCAUAAUGGUGGUGUCGAUUUUAUCUAGUCUUGUUAUGGUGAUCUUGAUUUUAGCAAUCUUGUAUGGUUGGAGAAAAAAGAAACUAACCCAAGUGAAAAUACCAGUGCAAACUAUUGAUGAAGAGUAUAUCAUGGAGAGCCAAGAUGAUGAUACAGAGUUAACGUCUUUUAGCCUGACUACCAUAUCGAAAUCCACUAAUGAUUUUGCAAAUGACAAAAAACUUGGACAAGGUGGUUUUGGUCCAGUUUACAAAGGUAUGCUCGAUGAUGGAAGAGAAAUAGCUGUGAAAAGAUUAUCCAAAACUUCAAGACAAGGCCUUGGAGAGUUUAAAAAUGAAGUUAAAUUCAUUGCUAAACUUCAACAUCGAAAUCUUGUAAAGCUUUUGGGAUAUUGCAUUCAAGGAGAUGAAAACAUGUUAAUAUAUGAAUACAUGCCUAACAAAAGUGUGGAUUCAUUCAUAUUUGAUAAAAUCAAAAGUUCGAUACUAGGUUGGUCAGAUCGUUUUCACAUCAUUCAUGGGAUUGCUCGAGGACUCCUUUAUCUUCAUCAAGAUUCACGAUUUAAAAUUGUUCAUCGAGAUCUUAAAGCAAGCAACAUUUUGUUGGAUGUCGACAUGAAUCCCAAGAUAUCAGAUUUUGGUCUCGCAAGAAUGUUUACAGAACAUGAAAACGAAGCAAAUACAAAUAACAUAGUUGGAACUUUGGGUUAUUUAUCACCGGAGUAUGCUUUAGAUGGAAUUUUCUCCGAAAAAUCAGAUGUCUUCAGUUUUGGUGUUCUCAUAUUGGAAAUAGUAAGUGGGAAAAAAAAUAAAGGAUUCUCUCACGACAAUGAAAGUGAUAAUCUUCUUGCACAUGCAUGGAGACUCUUUGAAGAAGGUAUGGCUGUGGAGUUGCUUGGUGUGAAUAUGCGUAACAGAUUUGUAGCCUCUGAAGUACUUCGAUCGAUACAAAUCGGUCUUUUAUGUGUACAACAUCAUGCAAAUGACAGACCAACUAUGUCAUCUGUGGUUUUGAUGUUUGGUGAAGAAGGUGUAUUGCCUCGACCUAAACAACCUGCUUUUUUUGCCAAAGGAAGUGUGCCUCAACAUUAUCUUGUUUCCAAUAAUGGCAUAACGAUGACAACAUUAGAACCUCGAUAACUAGUUUUAUACCCUCCAGUGUUGGGUAUAAAGUUGUAUUAAAUUAUCAAAAUAACAUACAUAUGUUUUUAUUUUGUAACGUCCGUUUCCAUUUAAAGGUUACUAUAUAGAGCCAAUAAAUAAUAAUUGAGUAUUAUACAAGUAAAGACAAAAUUUGUACAAUUGGCAAGUGAGUUAGUUAACAAAAAAAAGGCUUUAUAUAAGGUAUAAGG